GUGAACUGCGCACUUUCUCUCAGAAUCUCCCCUCCAGUUUGAGGAGUAGUAUCGUCAGCGCUUUCUUUCGCACACAAAAAGAAGGUGCCGGAAUACACGGCGCCCUACAGAAGGUGGAAAAGCUCGGUGGAAUGUUGCAUUUUUGCUCUGCAUUUUAAAGCAGGUGGUUGCGAUUUUGGGUGCAUAAGAAGAUACGGUCUGUGGAUGUUUUUGCUCUUCUCUAGGAUUGCUUGGAAGCCGAUCCCAGCUGCCCUGCAUGACACAGUUAGCGUUUUGUAGUCUCCAGGUUCAGCCAUGUUUUUGGCACAAGGCUCAGGUAAAUGUGGGAAUACAAUAAGGAACGCCGAUCGAGGUGUCCAUGGGACAGGAGGGCGCCAAGCCCAAGCAUCGACACUCCGGUGCAGAUCCUCCGCUCAACUCCGCUCAGCUCCGCGCCACUCCAGGGCUUCGAGGCGCCAAGCCAGGACGAUUUUUCUGGAUUCCGCGUGCUGGCAGGUCCUCACUCUUCUGAGGUGUGUCCAAGGUCCUCGCUCUUCUGCGGUGUGUCCAAGGUCCUCGCUCUUCUGCGGUGUGUCCAAGGUCCUUGCUCUUCUGCGGUGUGUCCAAGGUCCUUGCUCUUCUGCGGUGUGUCCAAGGUCCUUGCUCUUCUGGGAUGUGUCCAAGGUCCUCGCUCUUCUGGGAUGUGUCCAAGGUCUUCGGUCUACUGGGGUGUUUCCUAGGUCUUCGGUCUACUGGGGUGUGUCCGAGGUCCUCGCUCUACUGGGGUGUGUCCGAGGUCCUCGCUCUACUGGGGUGUGUCCGAGGUCCUCGCUCUACUGGGGUGUGUCCGAGGUCCUCGCUCUACUGGGGUGUGUCCGAGGUCCUAGCUCUACUGGGGUGUGUCCAAGGUCCUCGCUCUACUGGGGUGUGUCCAAGGUCCUCGCUCUACUGGGGUGUGUCCAAGGUCCUCGCUCUACUGGGGUGUGUCCAAGGUCCUUGCUCUUCCGGGGUGUGUCCAAGGUCCUCAUUCUUCUGAGUGCUUCCUCAAGGCUGUGGAAAUGACCAAGGAGGUGAGACUGCGACUCCCAGCCAGAGUGGUUUGCUCCAGAACCAUAGCCCCUGCGUCCAGACAGGAAAGCCGGCCUGCCUCGUCUCUGGCUGGAAUGUCUUCAUAGUUUGCUUAUUUAAUUUUGAGUUAACCCUUUUGUGCACUUAUGAUGGAGCAUUAUGGAGUGGGUUCCAGAUAGAAUGCUUGUAUUCUUUUCAUCAAGUCUUUAGAACAGAUUUGGGAGUGUCGGGAGUGUAUUGUAAAAACAUUUUCGUUAUUAUAAAAAUAAAACAUCUACCCGAAUGUUUUUACCUUUAAGUAAAGUCAUAUCUAUUUGUUAAACCCCAUUGUGGUUUUGGGAACUUUAACUCAACCUUGACGAACACACAGUCCCUCACUGCCCCCUUUCUCCCGCUGUGCCUGGACUCCCCUGAGUUUUCCACGUGGGAUUCUGUCUGCUCUUCCACCGUGCUCCCAGAUCAGGAUCCUUAUAAUGGUGUGUGGUAAAGCACCACCCACUGACCCACGUCACCCCACCGACCCCAUCAGGGCGGAGCCUGCGGUGGUGACAUGGCUGGGAUUUGAAUGGGUAGCUGAGUCCUUCCUCUUUGGCACUCUUGCCCUCCUUCUGCUUCUAUUCCUCCAUUUAUUCAUCCAUCCAUCCCUCUCGUCUUACAUCCUUUCCUUUCUUUUUCCUGGCUCGGUAUUUGUCGGGC